GUUUAUAUUCCGUUGACAGACGAACCUCUACAUUCAUGUACCGCAUCCUGCUCUCAUAACAAAUACUGAAAACAUGGAGAUAUAGAGGGUAAUUUGUACACAGCAUGAAAAACAAUAAAGCAACUCAUGGCACAAGAACAAGAUUUGACAGAUAUUGGCCGUGCUGGCAUGACAGAUUAUCAGCAUAUGGAGGAAGCCCCUAGUGAAAUGGCUGGUGAUCAUCACCUAAAGCAUAUGCAAACCAUCUUAAUCAAUGCUCCACAGACUCAGCACUUCUGUAGCAAUAAAAUAUCCACUGCCAAAUACAACAUCUUCACAUUUUUGCCCAAGUUCCUGUUUGAGCAGUUUCGGAAGUAUGCUAAUGUGUUUUUCUUCUUCAUUGCACUCAUUCAGCAAAUUCCCAAUGUGUCACCUACUGGUCGUUACACAACAGCUGUUCCUCUUCUACUUAUUUUUGUGGUAUCAGCCAUCAAAGAAAUAAUUGAAGACUUUAAACGUCACAAAGCUGAUGGUAUGGUGAACAACUCGUUAGUUCAAGUGCAUCGAGGCCAUGAAUGGGUUACGGUAAAAUGGACACAAGUUGUGGUAGGUGAUAUUGUGAAGGUCUGUGAUGGAGGCUUUUUCCCUGCUGAUCUCAUUCUCCUGUCAUCCAGUGAACCUCAAGCCAUGUGUUAUAUAGAAACAGCAAACUUGGAUGGUGAAACAAACCUUAAAUUAAGGCAGGGUGUGCCAGUUACCUCUGACUUGGUGACAGGAGACAAAUUGACUGCUGUGAGAGGCAAGGUGGAGUGUGAGCUUCCCAACAGAUAUCUUUAUGAAUUUGUUGGCAACAUACAGUUGAAUGAGCAAAGCGCUGUGCCUGUUGGUCCUAACCAGCUGUUGUUGCGAGGAGCAAUGCUUAGGAAUACCAGCUGGAUUUUUGGUUUAGUAGUGUAUACAGGACACAGCACCAAGCUCAUGCUGAACUCAACAUCAACACCUCUAAAGAGAUCAAAUGUUGAAAAACUCACAAACACUCAGAUACUGCUUCUCUUUGUCGUUCUGGUUGUGCUGUCCCUUAUAUGUGCCAUAGCCCAGACAGUGUGGACUAAAGAGGAUGGAAAUAGGGCUUGGUACCUGUUCUAUGAUGAGAUGCCUGAAGCCAACUUUGGUUUCAACCUACUCACGUACAUCAUUUUAUACAAUAAUCUCAUUCCCAUCAGCCUGCAAGUUACUCUUGAAGUGGUCAAAUUUAUUCAGGCCAUCUUCAUCAACUGGGAUCGAGACAUGUACCACGAGGAGACUGACACACCAGCAAUGGCUCGCACAUCCAACCUCAAUGAAGAGCUUGGACAGGUAAAAUUUGUCUUUUCUGACAAAACUGGAACCCUUACUCAAAAUAUUAUGGAGUUCAGAAAGUGCUCCAUUGGAGGAAUCUGCUAUGGAAAUAAUGAAGAAGUGUUGACUCUUUCAAUGAUGGAAUGCAUCUACAAUCUGCAGUCAAAUCAUGCAACUGCUGGUUUGAUCCGAGAGUUUCUGGUGAUGCUAUGUGUGUGUCAUACUGUGGUGCCAGAGCGUCAUGAAGCAGGGGAGAUCAACUACCUGGCUUCCUCUCCAGAUGAGGCAGCAUUAGUGAAAGCAGCUCGAAACCUUGGCUUUGUCUUCACUACUAGAACUCCAGAGACUGUAAAAAUUGAAGUUUUUGGAGAAGAAGAGACUUAUGAAAUCCUAAAUGUCCUGGAAUUCACAAGUGAACGCAAAAGGAUGUCAGUAGUUGUUCGAUCCCCUGAUGGAAAAAUCAUGCUCUACUGUAAAGGAGCAGACACUGUCAUUUAUGAACGACUGGAUGACACACAACUGUAUGGAGAUGUUACCCUUCAUCAUCUAGAAGACUUUGCUACUGUUGGGCUUCGAACGCUUUGUUUUGCCAAAGCAGAAAUUAGUUUAGAGUUCUACAAUGAGUGGCGAAACACAUUCUACAAAGCCAGCACCUCCAUUCAGAACCGAGAAAAGAAGCUGGAGGAAGCUGCUGAGCUUAUAGAACGGAAUCUGUUUUUGAUUGGAGCAACUGCUAUUGAGGACAGACUUCAAGAUGGUGUUCCAGAAACAAUUUACAAGAUGAGUCUAGCUGGUAUUAAGCUAUGGGUGCUUACUGGAGAUAAACAGGAGACAGCUAUCAAUAUAGGCUAUUCCUGCAAAGUGCUUACCCAGUCUAUGGAACUCAUUAUUCUGAAUGAAAGUACCCUAGAUGCUACUAGGGAAGAACUGAGGAAACGAAAAGCAGAGUUUGGAGAUGCACUUGGAAAGGAGAAUGAUGUAGGCAUCGUUAUUGAUGGUGACACCAUAAAGCAUGCCCUGUCCUGUGACUGUCGACAUGAUUUUCUGGAUAUUUGCUUGUCUUGUCGCUCAGUCAUCUGCUGCAGAGUAUCACCAUUGCAAAAAGCCGAAAUUGUUGAACUUGUAAAGGAUUCGCAGCAUGCCAUAACUCUAGCCAUUGGAGAUGGUGCCAAUGAUGUAGGCAUGAUUCAGGCGGCACAUGUUGGUGUGGGGAUCAGUGGUUUGGAAGGACUGCAGGCAGCCUGCGCAUCAGACUAUGCCAUUGCCCAGUUCCGAUUUCUCCAGAAGCUGCUGUUUGUCCAUGGGGCAUGGAGCUACAGUCGCCUGUGCAAGCUUAUCCUGUACUCCUUCUACAAGAACAUCUGUCUUUAUGUUAUUGAGUUUUGGUUUCAAAUUGUCAAUGGAUUCUCCGGACAGAUUCUGUUUGAGCGCUGGACUAUUGGUCUUUACAAUGUGAUGUUUACUGCCGCACCUCCACUGGCAAUGGGCCUGUUUGACAGAUACUGCUCAGCAGAAAGCAUGAUGAAAAAUCCAGUCUUAUAUAAAGAUUCCCAAAAGGGGCGUUUUUUCAAUGUCAAGGUAUUCUGGAUCUGGAUUGUGAACGCCAUCUUUCACUCUGUCUUGCUGUUUUGGAUGACACUGAUGAGUCUACAGCAAGAUGUCGCCUUUGGUAGUGGAAAAACUGGAGACUACCUUUUUAUGGGCAAUUUUGUGUAUACUUAUGUGGUUGUGACUGUAUGCCUGAAAGCUGGGCUUGAGACUGCUUCUUGGACUAUCCUGAAUCACCUUGCUAUCUGGGGAAGCAUUGCGUGUUGGUUCUUGUUCCUGGUUGUGUACAGCCAUUUCUAUCCAGACAUGAGAAUGGCACCUGAGAUGUUGGGCAUGGAUCAGCAUGUGCUGGGGUGUCCCGUGUUCUGGUGGGGACUUCUUCUUAUACCAUUCACUUCAUUACUGAGAGACUUUUCAUGGAAAGUAUUUAAGCGAACAUAUUUAAAGACACACCGUCAUCAUGUACAAGAGAUGGAACUGGCAAACAAGGAAGCCAUCAUAAAUGGAUCUCCUCGCAAGAAAAGACCUAUCUCAGAGAGGGCUCGGCUCCUUAGCUGCAGUAUGUUUGGUCGAACAGGUCGAGUGCCACAAGCACCUGUUGCUUCACCCCAUCUACAUGCACAAAACUCCCCAUCACCCUCAUUAGCACAUGGCUUUGCAUUCUCACAAGAGGAGCAUGGAGCAGUACCACAGGCUCAGUUCAUCCGUGCCUACGACACUAACAAAGACAAGCCUGAGGGACUGUGAAAAAGGCAGCGAUCGUCAUUCUGAAAGCAGGUUCACGAUGAAGCUUCAAAACUGCCAAACAGUACUGAAAAGGUUCUGUGCAUUCCACUCCUUUCUGGAGAUCUCAUUUAGUGCAUUGUCUUCAAUGAGACAUUUGGUUUAUUUCUUGGUAUAUACUUCUAAAACUUGGCAGGACUGGUAACUUUUGUGCAACUUACACAUUUUGUGGUGUGGCCAAUUCAGUGUUUGUAACAUUGUGAUUGAAGAAGUAUUUCUAACUUGUUAUUUCAGGCAAAGAGAAAAGGGGAAUUCUACUUUUUCUUUAAAUAUGCUUUCGUUUUUUGAUUUUGUAAAGAGUGUAUGAGUUUGCCUUUAACACAAAAGCAGUUUUAAAAUGUUAUCAGGGGAUAAUGUUAGUAGACUUACAAGAAGAUGUGAUUACGUGAUGGCAUUUUGUUUUGUUUUUAUUUGGUGUUAUUAUUUUUUACAGUGUGAGCACAUGAAAAUUGAUCAUUCUGAAAAAUAAGUUUGCCUUUACUGUAACAGUUCAUGUUCAUAUUUGGUAUGAAUCAACAAGAAUGAGAGGUGAUUAUGAGAUAAUUUUAGCAAAUAUCUUGCAGCAAAAAGGUUACUUUUUGACAUGCAAAUUAGUAUUGUUGAAUUAUUUUUAUGAGUACUGUUACCUGAUCAUUGCAAGAACAUUUUCAAAAUAUUUAUUUGUCAUUUGUGAUUUAUUUCAGGCUGGUACUUUACAUUUUAAAUGUUUUGUGUCUGUGAACCCAUUUAAUCUGCUAUGGUACUAAAUCUACAUUAAUAUAGUGUCAUUGUUUGAUAGGAAGAAUAUGUGAUAUGCUGUUCUUAAAUAUCACCAUUCUUUUUCCAGUAAUGCUUCAUCUUUCCAAACUGGAAUUUAAACUUUUACAUUUUCUUAUGAAGGCCAUAUCUAUUUUCUUCAUUCUUUGUAUACUUGUGCUUUUUUUAUGAUCAAUGGAUGCCAGAAGUUUUUGUCUGUUUCUGAACAUUUCUGUAUGAACAACUGUCAGCACUAUAAAAGGAAUUGUUAAUGGGGGAAGUAGCAUGAAUUGUUCUUGUUACCGCACCUCACCCAUCAAAAAAAGAACAAGUAAUCAAAAAAAGAGUAAGCCUUUUUAGACUUCCUAAUGAUUGUUAAAAUCUUAUAUGCAUGGAGAUUAAAAUAACGUUUUCCAUAAUUAUUAAAACACUUUACAAUUCUGGUCUGAGAACAUGCUUUAAUUUUGAAGAAAUGUUCAGUUCAAAAAGUUAACAGUUGGCCUCCAUCUGUAGUUUAAGGGAAGAGCUGACUGUCGUUUGUUUAUACGCUAAGACUUUUGUUUAUUUGGCAAGAAUUUGAAGUAAAUCAUAUUUUGAGUCCGUUGUUUAUAAAAUGUUGACAAAUAGGCGAUACCACAGAAGCAUAUAUCAAGCACUUUAUAAAAAAACUCUGUUAGGAUAGGGAACGGACACACAGUCAUGAGAAACAGUAUUAAACAAAAAACUAUAUACCACUAAGUUUCUUUUAGAGAAUGGGGAACAUACUGAAAGUUUAAAACAAAAUAAUUUAUAAAUGUUGAAAAGCAAUUAAUUUUUCUUAUGCAAAUUAUUUCUUAAUGCUGCUUAUUUCAUUUAUUCAGAGCUGUUUACCCAUAUAAUUUUUCUUUCUUUUCAGGAAAUGAAGCGCAAUUUGAAAAUAGUAUAAGUUGUACUUUUCAUGGUCUUUUCCCCUUUUUUGCCUGUUAAAUUUUAAUAUGUUUCCGAGUUUUUAUGACUGGACUGACUUUAGUGUGAAUACCUUUAUAAAUGGGUAAACAGAUAUUUUUAUUGUAGAUUUUCUAAAAUCAGGGUUUUUUUUUUUUAACUUGCAACAUUAAUCCAAGUCCUCCCUUUUGUCAGAAUAUUUCAUUUUGCUCUAAUGAUUUCAUCUAAUGCAUGAGAGUUCCUCACAUUUUAGAACCCAAUAUUUAUUCAAAAAAAUGUCAAAAAAGUAGGAUCAUUCAAUUCUAUUAACACCUCAUGACAAAGAUGUGAGUGAUGUGAGAGCCAUUGCAAACAAAACCGUGAUUUGUGUGCAUUUAUACUUGCAUUUGCAGUUGUCAUUUUGUGAUUUCUUGUAUGAUCUGGUUUGGAUUGCUAAUGCUGAACUUGACAUUCAGAGUUCUUUUUCUCUAGAAGUUGACAUGUGUACAACCUUUGUUCAAUGUUAGCAGAUUUUAAGUAUUUGCUAUCUCUAGUCAUUUUACCCUUGCAAAAACCACAAGCAUCUGUGGCAUGGUUAUCAUGAACAUUUUUUUAUUUUUUAUUUUGAAAUUUAUCGAAUAACAUCCCAGUUGAAGGAUUUUGUGAAUGAUGUAAAAGAUGCACAUGCAAUUUGUCAUCUUGAAAGGUAACUUCUUGAUAAUUUCUUGGAGGAAUUCAGUUGGUGAAAAAUGUGAACAGUCUCUGAAUGGGAUGGAUUUAUCAUAGCCUCUUGUAGUCUGUACUUGAAUUUGAAUUUUGAAAUUAACUACUUUUUUAAGAUAUUGUCUUCCUUAUCAAGAAGUGGCUUUUGUUGCUAUGUAGACGGGUGUUCAAUGUUGAUGUUUUGCUCUUUGAAUAGUGACCGAAGAGAAUUGAUAAAUUAGAAGAUUAAAUGUGUGCAAUCUUUUAAUUGAGGACAGUCUAACAAUACUUCAGUAUUUAUAUUUUCAAGCAUCUGUAAAGGGUACAUUUUUAUUGUGCAUUUGUAUUGUCCAGCUUAUAUAUGUUUCAUUAACAAAGAAGAAUUUAAGGGUUUCCCAUGUGUAUGCAGGUGCUGAAAAUAUUUAAGAUGUCAUUUUGUCUAUAUUUUGUACCUAGCAAUCUCCAAAGGUAGAGGACAAAGAAUUACAUGCUUAAUUAUUGCAUUAAUGCUGCUGAAAAGAAAAUGUACAUUGCAAAAUGCAAUCUCUGUAACAUCUUCAGCAUACUUUCCCUUCAAGAAUUCUUCCAGUUAUGUUGACUUGAUACAAUCAUGACAUUACCAAUCCAUGUUAAAAUGAAAAAAAAUAUUAAAUAUAAAGUAGCUUAGUGAAACUUUCCAGAAUCCCAAGAAAAGGUUUACUGAAGAGCCUAAUACCAGAUAUUAAGUGAUGUGUGCUCCACUGGGGCGAAUAGGAAGCAGAAGAAGAAGUGAAAGAAAACAUCUUCUCACCCAACAGUUUGCAAUUUUAAUUUCUUUUACUUAUUCUGUCAAAGUUCUACAACAGAAUCCAGUUGCUGUUAAUUCCAGCUAAGGAAAGAAGAAGAUACAUUUCAAAAAUAUGUCUUGCAUGCAGUACAGAGCAAGAGCUGCACUUGAAAGCAACCAAGGAACCAAUAACGUUUAACUAAUGUGGCACAGCAAAUUUCUGUCUCUCUUGUCUCUAGCUUUAUGUUUUUAAUAUGUUUAUUACAGAAUUCUGAGCCAAACAUUGGUAAAUAUAAUAAUCCUGUGCUUUUGUCACCUAGGAAAUGAUGUCCCUUUCAUAGAACUAGAAGCAGUCAUUGAAACUAACAUUAUUACGGCAUUUUUGUUUCAACAAUAUCACUGCCUCUACCCACUGACGCCCCCUCCCCCAACUUCACCCUUGAAGAAGUGGAAAGGUUAGUGGUUGCAGCAAGUGUCUUAGGCCAGACACAUGACCACCAGCCAGUUUGCACAACAUACUUCCCCCAUUUAACUUAACUGUUGAAUGGGAAAGGUGAGGCAGCAAGGAAGAAGAGGGGGGCACCACAAAAUAAAGGUAGUCCCAAGAGAGGUGUCGUCUGUAACACUUCACUCCCGGCGACUAUGUUAUAGGGCUACCUUUAUUCUGUCACAAAGAAUCUCCUGAGCAAAUCUCUCCUAUAGACCUUGCUACAAUUGUAUGUCUUAUACCAAAAGAGCACAUCGAUUGUGAAUCUAUGAAUCUGCUUUCUCUAUUCUCAAAGACUAGUAGCACCAUGAAAUGAAGAUCUUGAAUGCUAACAGUACCACCACCAAUUUUGGAACAUAUAAGAAACUGGUCUUGUAGAUUACAGCAGAAUGAAGAUCACUAUAUAGUCAGUUGUAUUAUUGAAAUUACUUCUGCUAUUUCAAUUACAGAAUUUUUAAUCUCCCAGAACUGUAGAAAGUGCAUGUUGGGUAGAUCCCAUUGUGAUUGACUAAAACUUAGCAAUGCAUUGUUCAGUUUUUGUUUCGUCAGAAGGUGAAACUCAGAUUUACAGAGUGUUAAAUAGAACAGAAUCAAUUGAAGUGGCGCUAUAAAAUGACAUUACACAAUGUUGCACCUUGAAGAUGCGGUAAUUAUUGUAUAUUUAGAUCACUGCAUGUGCAAAUGCAUGCGCGCACACACAGAAAAUGCAGCUGUGUAACUAUUUCUAAAGAAUUUUAUAAUGCAGACAUCAAAAUGUGUUAAAAUAGAUAAACAAAAUUUUGACAAAUUGACAUCAUUAAUUAAUAAAUAUUAAGGUUAAUGUUUUCUCUCUUUCAUAGCAUUCUCAGUUGAAUUAAACCUGAAAAGUUUGCCAUUCAGAAAAGUAUUUUCAGUUUCUAAUGGGUUGUGAAGACAUGGAUGGGGAAACAAGCAUCUACACAAACACUCUACACUAUUGUUUUGAUAUACUUGUAUGGAACAGUAUUGAUAUGGAUGUUGCAGGUGAUUUUAUAUAAUUUUUUUAAAUUGUUCACUAUUGUUUAUGCUCAACAACCUUUUGUCUGAAUUGUCUUAACUUGUUGUGUGAUGUUAUGAUUGAUGUACAAUAAAUGCUCUUUGCUUAUACUUAUUCUUUAAUUCAAAGCAUUAAUCUUUGUGAUUUAAAUAAAUAUUUUAAGUUUUUGUGAAAUAAAUGCAUUCAGAAAGAA